UCCAAAGUACUAGGCGAGAAACAAAAUAGUUUCCUCAAUAUUAGUACGUUUGAUUGAAAGGAGAAGUUUAUGGCGGCGACGAUGGCGGCGAUGACGAUGAUGACGACGGAGAAGAGGCGAAAAACUAAGAUAGUAUGCACGUUGGGGCCGGCGUCGAGGUCAAUUGAGUUGCUAGAGCAGCUAUUGAGAGCAGGGAUGAAUGUUGCUCGUUUCAACUUUUCUCAUGGUUCUCAUGCUUAUCAUCAAGAAACCCUUGAUAAUCUUCGUCAAGCCAUGCAUAAUACUGGUAUAUUAUGUGCUGUUAUGCUCGAUACUAAGGGUCCCGAAAUUCGAACAGGGAUAUUAAAGGAGGGGAAGGCAAUACAACUUACACAAGGACAAGAGAUCACAAUCUCCACUGAUUAUAGUAUAAAGGGUGAUGAAAAGAUGAUCAGUAUGAGUUACAAAAAGUUGGCUCAUGAUGUUAAGCCAGGAAGUGAAAUACUUUGUUCUGAUGGAACUAUUUCAUUUACUGUUCUAUCAUGUGAUAAAGAAUUAGGACUCGUGCAGUGUCGCUGCGAAAACUCGGCUAUGCUGGGUGAAAGAAAGAAUGUCAAUCUUCCCGGAGUUGUUGUGGAUCUUCCAACCUUGACUGGCAAAGACAGAGAAGACAUUCUAGGUUGGGGAAUACCUAAUCAAGUUGACAUUAUCGCCCUUUCAUUUGUUCGUAAGGGUUCUGAUCUGGUUGAUGUUCGUAAUUUUUUGGGUGCACACUCCAAAAAUAUCAUCUUGAUGUCUAAGGUUGAAAAUCAAGAAGGGGUAGCAAACUUUGAUGAGAUUCUAGCAAAUUCAGAUGCAUUUAUGGUAGCACGAGGUGACCUUGGAAUGGAAAUACCAAUUGAGAAAAUAUUUCUUGCACAAAAGGCGAUGAUACAGAAGUGCAACAUCCAAGGAAAAGCAGUAGUAACAGCCACCCAAAUGUUAGAAUCUAUGAUUAAAUCUCCUCGACCAACUCGUGCUGAAGCCACUGAUGUUGCGAAUGCAGUAUUAGAUGGAACAGACUGUGUAAUGCUUAGUGGAGAAACAGCUGCGGGAGCCUACCCAGUGCUUGCAGUAACUACAAUGGCGCGAAUUUGUUUAGAAGCCGAAAACUUCUUAAACUAUGGGGAUGUUUUCAAACAUAUAAUGAAAAAUGUCCCUAUGCCGCUGAGUCCACUCGAGAGCAUUGCAUCCUCUGCCGUUAAAACAGCAAAUGCAGUAAACGCGGCUCUUAUUUUGGUCCUUACACGAGGGGGGACUACUGCAAAACUAGUGGCUAAGUAUAAGCCGAGUAUGCUGAUUUUAUCUGUUAUUGUUCCUGAGAUAAGAACAGAUGGCUUAGAGUGGUCAUGUAGCAGUGAAGCACCUGCAAGACAUAGCCUUGUGGUUCGAGGAUUGGUUCCGGUGUUAUGUGGAGCUUCUGCUAAAGCCUCGUAUUCAGAGUCUACAGAAGAAGCAUUAGAUUUUGGAAUUGAAUAUGCUAAGACUCAAGGUUUGUGCAAAGUUGGCGACUCUAUUGUGGCAUUGCAUCGGAUUGAAGCUGCUUCAGUCAUUAAGCUUUUAACCAUUACAUAAUAAGACAUUUUUUUUUUUUAUGUUUUGUUUGUUUUUCAAAAUUUAUUGCGUAGAGUAUAACUUUGGCUCUUUUUAGUUAUGCACUUUUGCCUAGUAUUGAUUUGCAAGUUAAUAUACUUCUGAAGUAAAAUUAUUUUAGUUUGUGAAAUUUUUGUAAUGUUGUUUAAAUUUUGAUGUUAGACUGUGAAACAUGAGGUUUUUACACUUUA